AUGGGCAAGAUUAUCUUCUACGAAGACAAGAAUUUCCAAGGUCGUCACUAUGAGUGCAGUAGUGACUGUCCCGAGAUGCAAAACCACUUCAGUCGCUGUAACUCGAUAAAAGUGGAGAGUGGUUGUUGGGUGGCCUAUGAGAAGCCUAAUUAUGGCGGCUACCAGUACAUGCUGCACAAGGGCGAGUAUCCUGACUACCAGCGCUGGGCGGGCUUCAAUGACUGCAUCCGCUCCUGCCGUAUGGUGCCUCCUUACAACGGAAACUACAGGAUGAAGAUCUUUGAGCGUUCUGACUUUGGCGGCCAGAAUCUAGAGCUCAUGGAUGACUGUCCAGAUCUAAACGAGCGUUUCCACACUCGCGACAUCUCCUCUGUCAACGUUAUGGAAGGCUACUGGAUUCUCCAUGAACACCCAAAUUACAGGGGACGCCAAUACUUCUUGCGCCCUGGAGAAUACAGAAGGCACAGUGAGUGGGGAAGCACCACCCCUACUAUUGGAUCCCUGAGACGUGUCACUGAAGCCAACUGA